UGACUGUUUUCCAUCUAUUUCGAGUUAAGUCCACGUUAAAAUGGUUCUACUUGUCUUAUGCUUCAUUGCUUGUUAUAGAUGGCUUGACUAAAAAAUAAUGGAUUGGUUUUUUGGUUCGUCUAGAGCGACAAAGGUGCCUCCUGCUACACCUCUCCAAAUCCAACGAACAAAACAGAUAGAAUCAUUGAAAGCCUCCAGCCCCAAUGUCACAGAACUGCACCAUGAUGUGGAAUAUCAAGUACUGUUUAGGACUGCAGAUCUUACCUUAACACUUCAAGUAACGCUGCCACCUCAGUUUCCACAAGAGCGCCCUCUUGUACGGGUGAUACCUGCUGUGGUACAUGACUGGUGCAAUAAACAUAGUAUUGUUGUUGGUUGUGAAGGCCUCAACGAUUUUAAGGUUCAUUCUGAUCUUGGCAAAGUAGUCAGAGACCUAUUAGAAGAGUUUCAGCGCCACCCUCCACUGUUAAAAGAUCAGCAACAUUGGAGCAAAACCAACCAAACCGACAAUGGAAAAUCACCAAAUGGCUUUUCUCCAUACUACACACCAUCAACGCAGAUGAGCACAACUCGGCCUUUAAUACAUAGCAGUACUGAUAGCAGUUGCUACCAGUCCUUACCUUCUAAUAGUUAUUACCAGAGUUCACCUAGUUCAUCAGAUGUGCCAAAUUAUAUGCCACAGGUCUCUCUAACAUUCCAAGAACUUGCUAGUCUAAGUCUUCCAGAGCUGCAGGGUUUGCUUGAUGAUGACGACAAGCUGCUAGAGCAUCUGCUAUCGACACCGGUGUUACAGCAGUUGUCAGAACAUCGUGAAAAGCUGUCCAGUCAGAAUGAGCAAAUAGCUAAGCAGAAUCUAGAGAAGAAACCAAUUAUUGAAGACCAUAAGAAAAAAUUAUUAGACAAGGUAAGUGCGACUAGAGGAACCGAUACUAUACAGGUAGUCCCUGUGAAGCGUGCCCGAAGGCCCAUAAUAAGGAGCUUCUGUGUACAGCUUCUGUGUACAGCUUCAUGUGUACAGCUUCUGUGUACAGCUUCUGUGUACAGCUUCAUGUGUACAGCUUCUGUGUACAGCUUCAUGUGUACAGCUUCUGUAACGCUGCCACCUCAGUUUCCACAAGAGCGCCCUCUUGUACGGGUGAUACCUGCUGUGGUACAUGACUGGUGCAAUAAACAUAGUAUUGUUGUUGGUUGUGAAGGCCUCAACGAUUUUAAGGUUCAUUCUGAUCUUGGCAAAGUAGUCAGAGACCUAUUAGAAGAGUUUCAGCGCCACCCUCCACUGUUAAAAGAUCAGCAACAUUGGAGCAAAACCAACCAAACCGACAAUGGAAAAUCACCAAAUGGCUUUUCUCCAUACUACACACCAUCAACGCAGAUGAGCACAACUCGGCCUUUAAUACAUAGCAGUACUGAUAGCAGUUGCUACCAGUCCUUACCUUCUAAUAGUUAUUACCAGAGUUCACCUAGUUCAUCAGAUGUGCCAAAUUAUAUGCCACAGGUCUCUCUAACAUUCCAAGAACUUGCUAGUCUAAGUCUUCCAGAGCUGCAGGGUUUGCUUGAUGAUGACGACAAGCUGCUAGAGCAUCUGCUAUCGACACCGGUGUUACAGCAGUUGUCAGAACAUCGUGAAAAGCUGUCCAGUCAGAAUGAGCAAAUAGCUAAGCAGAAUCUAGAGAAGAAACCAAUUAUUGAAGACCAUAAGAAAAAAUUAUUAGACAAGAUCGACACACUUACGGACCUGCGAUGGCAGUUUGAUGCCGACAGCCAGAGCCAGCAUGAGCGCAGCCGGCAGUACGAUCCAACCACCGUCCAGCUACGACUGCGCAUCGCAACGCAGGAAGCCGAGGAAGAGAGUGAGGGGAUCGCUGAGGAGUUCUUAGCAGGAUCUUUGCCCAUAGACAAGUUUCUCCAAAGCUUCAUGUCAAAGAAAAAGCUGUGUUAUAUGAGGAAGGCUAAGGAUGAGAAGAUUCAACAGUGUGAUAUUGUGAGGCCAAGGUACCACUGAAGAGCCAUUCAUUCUGAUCAUUCUACAUGCUACUGAGAGGACAUCAAUUGUGCUCUCGUCUCUAUACCACCGAGCAAGCCUCAUCUAUGGUCCCCCUUUCCAUACCAGUUUGUCGCUACAGUAGGUGUUACUGAGCUAGGUCUGUGAGUGAAAGCUUGUUAUGUGUUCUCAGUGAAUGAGUGCAGCUGGUCUACAUUGACAAUCUCUGUAAAAUAAUACCUGGAUUUAUCCCAACAUUAUUGUGACUUCAACUCGAUGCUCAAAACUGAGAAGCUGUAACUCAUGUAUUGCUAAAUAGCUACACGUAAGGAUUAUAGCUUAUUUGUAGCUAAGGUGGCAUUGCAGGUGGGUGCAGAAGAAUGCAGGGUAUUUAGUGGUGUCGGAGGGUUUAGUAGGUAUGUGCCUGUGGAUGUCUCAGUUAAGAUGCUUGUCUUGUAAGACUUGAAGAUUGCUGGAGAAGAUCUCAGGUAUCUUACACGAUCAGGUAGCUUAAUAAGGUAGGAUUCAUCCCCUAGUAUAAUCCGGAUUCAUGCCCUCUCUGCAUUUCAUAUUGAUUUGGUCACUAAUCAAAGAAAAUAAAAUUGAUUGGAAUUGAUAUAUUCUUUGUAUUGCCAUAAUACCAGGAGGGAAUGAAACAAUUUUGUUUUUGUUCACUCUUUAUACUUUGAUAGUAGUUGUUCAUUUUUGGUUAUUCCCCCCAAAAAGGAAAAUGGUAGCUAGGGUUACUUUCAACCUCUAGAUCGCCCCUGGACUGCCUUGAAUUUGUUAUUACAGGUUGACAGUUAUUGUGAAUGUAGACAGUGUUGCUAAUUAUGAACAACGAUCUUUAAUUAUUGUGAGCUUGGAAAUAUAUUAUGGCAUAUACAUUUGGCAUGACUUUUAUAUCAUAUGUGCCGACUUCGCAAGAAUAAUUGCAUUGUAAAAGUCUACAUUGUACUGUCUGCCUGUACAAAAAGCUUCAGUAGUUCAUUACAUUUAAGAUUACACGUUUUGCUUUGCAUAGAUUAUGAGAUAACAUCUAUAUGCAUACAUCUGCGUCAGUUAACGUUAAUUGUUUUUUAGAAUUUUAGUGAGAAAUAGUGAAAAAGUAACUUUAUGAGGUGACUAUGAUAAUGAGAAUAGUGAUGAUGAUGAUGAUGAUGAUGAUGAUGAUGAUGAUGAUGAUGAUGAUGAUGAUAAGCAUGAUAACAACGACUAUGUGUAUGUUUAGACGCCAGGGGUUUUUAAAGCAAAGAUGUCACGUAAAUAUUUGAGAAGAAGUGGAACUUUAUAUGCAAACGUUUGAAAACUAUUUGUGAUAUGUGGAAGUUGCACUGCAGAAAUUUGUGAACAAUUUUGUGAUAGUAACGAAACUUCUUCGCGAUUAAGAUGUGUAAACGCUAGUAUCAUAGACUGUCUAAGCAACAUGUAGUACUUAUAAAGCAGUCAAUGUCGGCGUUUUUUGCAAUAUAAUGGUAAUAAUAUCUGCACCAAAAUGAUGUUAGCCUCUACCCCCUCUUAACACCAAAAAUUUAACUGAGAACGUCCGCACAAUUCCCAUUAGGAAGUUUUAAAUGGUGGAUUAUUGUUUAGGAAAAAAUCUAACAGUGGUAUUGUAUGCAUUACUGCCCCAACCCCGCACGGUGAAUUAUAGUUGUGAAAUACGCAUUAGUUAAUAAGAGAAAUGGAGACACGUGUUUACGUGCUUCAACGUUAUCGCAGUCACGUGUAAAUAGAAUUUUGUGGCGGCAGUUGAAAGAUAAUGAUUCAUGGUUUUAUAUAACGAAAUGCGCGAACUUUGAAAUGCAACUCAAAAAGGAUCGAUGUUAGACAAGGGAAAAGUUAUGCCCCAUCAUGUGUGUGGUCUAGAAGAGUUACGUUUGCGUGUGAGAAAACACUAUAAAUAUUGCCUUCAUUCUACGAGAGCCAUAGGAACGGAGGGUUAAGUUAUAAAUAGUUGCUGGCAAGCCCACAGGUAUCUGUUGUUGUACUACAUUCCUACAAACAUGACUGAAUAUGUAAAAUACUCGUUAGUACAAGCAACAUUGGAUUUUAGAAUACCAAGUGCAGUGAAUGCCCGGCAAGAGUAUGAACUGUGUAUAAACGUUCGUGCAAAAAUUCGACAAUAUUGUUGAUGUUGCUGUGUGUUAUAGAAUACGUAUAUACUAUUCUUGAAUUUUUAAGUAUCUGUCUUGAAAUAUAAUAUAAUAACAUGGUUAUACCAGGUACCACAUA